AGAGGGCCAUGCAGACGUUAUCGAAGCUUCUCAUCGUGCCAAUGGAACCUGCCUAGAAGCGGGGCAGAUGAUAAAACAUAGUACCAGGAUAUUCGGCCUCUGCAUAACAUCUUCAUGGGCCUCAAGAUCUCAUACCUGCCGAGGAUAACGCAAUCCCUGUCCUGGGCAUUUACGAUGUAUGUCAAUGUAACGCGAUACGUACAGAUCCAUGAAUAAGGAAAUCAAGAUGAUACAAAAGCUAUUCUCUGGGAAGCGUCGAACUACUUCAAUGAAACCCUCCACGUCAGGCAAUGAGUCUGACUGGCCGGUGCGUGGGCACCGAUAUUUCCUCCUCGUUUCUGGCUUGUGUUCUUUGCUGAUAUGUGUUUUUUUGUGUUUCUUUGAAGAGGUUGGAGCGGAUAAGAAUGGGGAGGGUGAGGCUGCGGCUCUACAAGAAACUAUCAAUGAAGAACCUGAGGCUGAGGCUGCCGCGGAAGCAGCUGAGGAACCCUCGGAGGCUUGAUUAUCUGUGACCUGAGUCUGCCUUAUCAUCCGCUGCUGCACAUGGAGACUCCUCCGUCCGUUCUUUAGGUUUAGAUCGAUCGUCAAAACGUGUGUAUGUGUACAUUGUACAUUGUACUUACUACUUACUCUUGCGUUACCCUUCCCCCUUCUACCCCUCUACCUCUUACCUCUAAUCCUCUCUCUCCCCUCGCACCACCCUCUUCUCACCCGUUUACCCUCCCUCAUCUUCAGCGCAACCUCCGACAUUUUACGGUCAUAUCCCCCGGUUCCUGGCUUCAUUCUUUUGUCUUUUGUAGUUCGUACGUGUGUGUUUUUCGUUGUACAUCGUACCACUGGGUUUGUGUACAUACAUAUAUCGGUAGCACUCACUUCUAGACAUAUGGAU